AUGUCAAGUACCUCGCCUCAAGGGGUGAUCGCAUGCAAUACAAUUCUCCCAGUCUUGGGUAUUGCUGCGGUCGGUCUCAGGUUUUAUGUGCGAUCACAACAGAAGGUGGCCUUGAAAAUCGAUGAUUGGCUGCAAAUUCCAGCGCUGGUUCUCUUCAUCGGAAUGGCUAUCGCUGCAUUAUAUGGAGUAUCUCAUCGCGCCUUUGGAUACCCCACGCCGCAAUUGCCCCCUAGCACACCCGCAGCAUCUUUGCUUCUUUGUGAAAAGUUGUGGUAUAAUAUACAAAUCUUACAGAUCUGGGCUUUAGCUUCUAUUAAAACAGCAGCGAUAUUCUUCUAUCGUCGAAUAUUCGUCCCGUCAGCAAGAAACAGUGUUCUCAAUUGGAUAUUGUUGGGAUCCAUUGGGAUCAUCAUUGCUUGGGCCAUCGGCUUCACAGCUUUUUCGGUUGCCGCAUGUGGGUCUCAUCUCACGGCAGCUUGGUCGGGAUACAUUGGCUUUGCAACAUACUGUUUGAGGACAGAAAAAUUUGAGCAAGCUUAUGCUAUCUCUGAUUUUCUGCUCGACACUUUUGUCCUCGCGGUCCCUUUACCAUCGAUAUGGUCUCUUCACAUGAACAUAAUCCGCAAAAUCAGCGUCACAGCCGUAUUCAUGUUUGCCUUAAUGUGA